CUCAUGGAAGAUGGUUUUUAUCUUACAGCUAAAGAAAGAAAUACUUAAGUGUUUAGAAAUCGGGACGGAUAAAACGAGAAAACCGUUUCAGGAAUUUUAAUGAAUUAUUAGGAACUCCUCCGGCACAGUAGGUGGCGCUCAAGUGUUGGAAGUUUUCCGUUUCAUAUACACAACUCCACGUGCGAAUUUAAGAGCAGAUUGUUUGCAAUAACAUCUUAUCUCACGGUAAUGGCGACCUGCGAAGUCUGUCAGGAAGAGGUUUCUAAGUAUCGCUGUCCGUGCUGCAUCAUCAGAUAUUGCUCUGUGAACUGCUACAAGAGUCACAAAGAUGACUGCAAGCCUAAGAAAAGUUCAGUUUCUCAUUCUGAAUGUCCAGAUAUUGCAACACCAUGUCAAAAAUUGAAGACCAAUAAAGACAAAGAAACUGCAUGGUCCGUUGAAGAUCUUCUGAACGACGAGUCUGAUGUUGUGCCACUACAGAACCUGAAACUUUUAGGUCAGUCUACAGAAUUGAAAGACUUGCUGCAUAAUCCUCACCUCAGGCAACUGUUAAGAACUGUAGAUGAAGCCAAGAACAAGGAGGUUGUCAUGAAAGCUGUAAUGCAGGAACCUUUGUUUGUGGAAUUUGCAGAUUGCUGUCUGAAAAUUGUGGAACCAGCAGAAAAAGAAAAUGCUGUUCCUGGUGAUUUAAAAACACAAUUGUAGACAAUUGGAGCUGAAUUUGGUCAUGUCUGUAUGCUAAUAGACGAGGUGUUGAGCCUUCUAAGCCUACAGCAGCACACAGCUAAUUGAAGUGAAGUUGAUGCUUUGUGGACAAUGUAUGCAUCCAAAUGGCAACUAUAUUUUCUUUUAUAUAAAAAAAGCAAAAUAUUUCUGAAUAAUUUUCUGUGAAGCUGCCACAGCUAUUAAAAAAUGUUUAAAUGAGAAACUCUAGAGAUAGGAAUUAGGUUUGGAAUUCACAGGAUUGUGGACCAUGGCCAGUGCUGGUAAUCUGCUUACAGUGCCACCUCAAAGCCAGUCGCCUCCAGAGACUGUAGGAGUGUUCAGACAUUUGAAGGAAGGUCUAGGUCAGUGUGUGUGGUCCCAAAAUAUCAGGCUGUGGUAACACUUUCUGCAUCUUUAAGAUAUUAUUUUGAUGCGAAUUAGCUUUCAACUGGGGGCUUCACCCCCCUUUUUUUUGCAAGAAAUUUUCAUAUAAUUUCUCCUGGCAGAAUUACAAAAUACUUAAACCUAUAAUAAUUACGAAUAGACAUGUUGAUUGUAAAUUGGAGAGUAUUUUAUAAAGUUUUAUAAAUGAGUGCAAAGCAAGGUGAUGUAUUGAAUACUGAUUGAAAAUCUUUGCGCUCUACGUUAUGGUUAGGUGAUGGAGAUAGCACUCAGCAGUGUCCAGGUAAGGAAUUUUAAAGCAGAACAUUCUAUAAAAGGUGUUUCUUAAAGUGUACCCGUCUAGAGAUUUAAUUUAUUUGAGUGCUCAAAAUCCUUGAAAAGACAAUGUCCUAAACUGUAAUAUAAGGCAGUCCCCCACUGUUCACCCCCAACUCAAAUUUUUGGGUUCCAAAGUAGCCUAGUUUCUCUUCCUGACAAAAUGGGAUAUGUGUCCAAAAUAUGGUUGAGAUUGGACCAGGGGUGUGGAGUUGUAUAAAGAACAAACCCCCACACAGACCUUUUGUAUUGCAAAAAAUGGUUGUAUACUGCCCUCCUUAAGAGUUUGUUUCCUGCCAGAGACAGUGCCUCCAUACCUUUUUAUUUGCAGAAAGGAAGUUUUCAAGGGUCCCAUUAAGUCCAUCAGCCUUUGUGGUUAAGAAUGGAUAGUGCGAUAUGAAGUUGCUUUCUAUAUGGAUGACGUCCUCUUGGACAAUCCUCAUUUUAAAAUAUCACCUCUCUGUUAGUCAAACUCUUCAGUAGCCUCUUGGGUUACUAAGUUCAUUCUGACAAAUCCAAAGCAGUGCCUUUAGGAAAUCUGAAGUUAACAUUGCAUUCCUUUCCAAAUUAGCACUUCAGUCCAGUCAUGACAACAGUGAAAGACCACAGUAGGUGGAGAUGUUUGACAGUUUCAUGGUUCAGAACAGAGUCCAAUAAAAAUGAAUGUCAACUUCAAAUACUUCACUUUUAAUCUUCGUUUAAACUAAAGAGUCUCUUGGUCCAAGGCUUACCUGUCAUUAGGAAACAACACAACUCUGUUUUAGAAAGGUCUGGAUUUCCAAUGGCAGCAGUUGAAUGUUUAUAAUUGCUCCUGCCAGGUUGACAUUUAUUUCAUAGUGGGUUCAUGAAGACCCUAGGUCAGAGUUAUUUGUUUUGGAUUGUUGGCUUUCUUGAUUUUGCAGUAUGUUGUAGAAUUGUGGACUGUUGAAUUUGCAGUAUCAAUUUACUAAAUGGAGACCUAGAAAUCAAAGGAGAUGAAACAUGUUUAUCUGUCAAAACAAUUUUAUCAAUUUGGGGAUAUUCAUUUUUAAAAUAUUUUCUUGGUAGAAAGUGUUCUCUUAUUAAAAUAAAGGGGGAAAUUCCAUCAGGCCUGCUUAAUACUAUAAUGCAAAAUAUUUAAAUUCAAACUGAUGACAAUGGGUAAUGUCACCAUGGUCCAGAACUGGUUAGUGCUGUAGGGCAAACGCUCCCUUGAUAUGGAUAAGCGGGUUAUAAAAUACUGUAGGUGGGAUAAGUCAGGAAAACAUGGUGGUGACCUACAGUAAAUAAGUCGACACAAGAAUUGAACCCAUGGUGCUGGAUUGGUUAAGCUGCAUUGCUAGCCAUUGAUCAACUGUGGAGGCCAUGGCAAAGAGUGAUUUUAAAUAAAUAGGGUGCUCAGCCUUUGGAGGGGUGUAGUUGUUUGGUAGUGUGGUGGAGUAUCUCCAGGGAGUAAACUGGGGCGAUCAGCUGAUCCUGCAGAUACAUACAGUUCAGUCGAUUGCCUGAUUAGCGUUCUGGGGUCUGUCAUCAGCAAGCCUGAAUUCCUAUCUCUAUAUGAAAGGAGUCUAGGUAGGGGGAAGGUCAAGAAAAAAACUGAUUAGGUUCAGUAUCACUUGUCUAACACAGUGUGACAAAAGGACGAGGCAGAGGAGCAGGUAUUCCCACAGAGCAGUGAGCAAACAGUGUCUCAGAGGUACAUCGUCCCCCACUGAUGAAUGCAGUUGUCCUUCCUAGGGAUCCUGAAGAUGCUACGAGAGGGCAGUGAUGGGCAGCUGGCUCCGAGUGGACCAGCAGACACCAAGGGAGUCCAAAAUGGGAACUGCAGCUACUGGUGUCUGUCAGCUGAGCAACCUUUUGGGUGAACUGGGGAAACCAGGAGUGAAAGUCACGCAGGGCUUGGGAAGGACAUGAGAAAGGACCCAUGUGGUUUUAUUUUGGUGUGGGAGGUUUUUUAUUGGAUUUUAACUUGUAGCCUUUCACUCAUGUUAUGGUUGAAGAGCACUGCAUUAUGGACACAUUUUUUUAUCUGUGGCUAAAAGCACUGAUGACUACCUCCCACUGACUGUGUGUAUCCUUAUUUACCCGGCCUCACCCUCUGUUUAAUUCUUGACAGUUCCAGGUGCUCCCUUUUUCAGACACGUUCCUGUAAUGUCCUUUUCUAAGGCUGUCAUUGUUUUGAGGUAGGGGUUAGCUUGAUUUUUCCACGUGUAAAAUUUGUAUUUCUGUGCAUGUAAAUUAUACAUUUGACUACAAAAUAUAAAUGUGAGAUGUUACCUUUAUGAAUAGAUACUGUUGAAACAAAGAUCAAAUCUUAAUAUGUACUGUAUGUUAACAUGCAUUAAAAGGGAAAAAAAAAAAAACAUU